CUGAAAGGGAGAACUAUUUUUAUUGUAUUAAAAAAUCCGUUCGCAUCCUUUGUUAAUUGGAUGAUUUUUCGCACCGGAAUUAGCCGGAUCAUCAAGUCAAGACUUUAACUAGUUAGACAAAGUCGAUAUUGUGUCCGUAUCAUGUCGGGAAUGUUUAAAAACCAAUGGUGAAAAAAACGGGUAAUGAUUGAGGGGGAAUUAGCUUAGCAUAGUCAGCUGAGAGACUGGGUUGAUAGACGGAGAGGUGACGGUUUGUUCAGUCAGAUCCGCUCCGGUUUAUUUCGAUAUUUGAGUCGUCGUUUGAGGUUCUAAGGUUAUAAAAGGUUUUGGAGAGCUAGCCACAUCGCUAGCGGGGUUAUCAGCUGAAUUUAGGAUGGAUUUGAGAGUGGGAAACAGAUACAGACUCGGACGGAAGAUCGGAUCUGGUUCGUUCGGUGAUAUUUACCUCGGCACAGAUAUCUCGGUUGGAGAGGAAGUUGCCAUCAAGCUAGAAUGUGUGAAGACGAAGCAUCCACAGCUCCACAUCGAGAGCAAGAUCUACAAGAUGAUGCAGGGAGGAGUAGGAAUCCCGACGAUCAAGUGGUGCGGAGCUGAGGGAGACUAUAACGUCAUGGUGAUGGAGCUGCUCGGCCCCAGCCUGGAGGAUCUCUUCAACUUCUGCUCCCGAAAAUUCAGCCUCAAGACUGUUCUGCUGCUGGCUGACCAAAUGAUCAGCCGUAUCGAGUACAUCCACUCCAAGAACUUCAUCCACAGAGACGUGAAGCCCGACAACUUCCUCAUGGGUCUGGGCAAGAAGGGCAACCUGGUCUACAUCAUCGACUUCGGCCUGGCAAAGAAGUACAGAGACGCCCGCACACACCAGCACAUUCCCUACCGGGAGAACAAGAACCUGACUGGCACUGCCCGCUACGCCUCCAUCAACACGCAUCUGGGAAUAGAGCAGAGCAGGAGAGACGACCUGGAGUCGCUGGGCUACGUGCUGAUGUACUUCAACCUGGGCUCUCUGCCCUGGCAGGGUCUGAAGGCGGCCACCAAACGGCAGAAGUACGAGCGCAUCAGCGAGAAGAAGAUGUCCACGCCCAUCGAAGUGCUGUGCAAAGGGUAUCCAUCCGAGUUCGCCACGUACCUCAACUUCUGCCGGUCGUUACGCUUCGACGAUAAGCCGGACUACUCGUACCUGCGGCAGCUCUUCAGGAACCUCUUUCACAGGCAGGGCUUCUCCUACGACUACGUCUUCGACUGGAACAUGCUCAAGUUUGGUGCGAACAGAGCGGCGGAGGACGCCGAGAGGGAGAGGAGGGAUCGGGAGGAGCGCCUGAGACACGGCAGGAAUCCGGUUGCCAGGGGAAUACCCUCGGCCUCCAGCAGACCCAGAGGAACGCAGGACGUGGCGCCGCCCGCUCCCCUCACCCCCACCUCACACACAGGAAUGGAGCGUGAACGGAAGGUCAGUAUGAGGUUACAUCGCGGAGCUCCGGUGAACAUCUCCUCGUCCGACCUGACCGGUCGUCAGGACACCUCACGGAUGUCCACGUCACAGAAUAGCGUUCCCUUCGAUCUCCACGGCAAGUAGAGCGGCGGAGGUGGCGGCGGGCUCUGUCCCGCGUCACCCCGAGCGGCCUGCAGUCUGCUGUUCCUCGAUGAGUGUCUGCACUUCCACUGUCACACCUACAUCAGUCACCCUGAGCUCAACACACACGCAGACUGUUUCACUCACUCACACACACACACACUCACGUUCAUCAUCUCACCCAGCCACUGCACCCUGUCCCGAGCGUCCGGCGUGCUCCUCCCCCCUGACCUACAGACCUCCGCCCAUGUGAGCCGGUGGGUGGAGCAGCGACGGCGCCGCUUACCUGAGCGUGCGCUGGGCAUCAUCGUCAUCAGCGGUGCGGCUCAGACCGGCGCUCACCUGUCGCACCAAACAAACAAACGAACACCCGGAAGCUCGGCUCGUUCUCGGGCGGAGCCGCGCCGAUACAAGCCAUCAGGGUUCGGUUCCUUCUAAUCCUGUUUUUUAUUAUCAGAACUUUAAUUCACCUCCUGAGUUUGUGUUCGUCAUCGUUAGAGCUCGAGUGUGGAGAGCCGACAGUACAGCCUUGUUUUUGUGUUUGGGGGGGUGGAUGGGAUGUUUCCUUAUAUUUUCUUUAGUGUCUAAUAACUGAAUGAGAUUAUUUUACAUUUAAUCUUCAAAUCUGUGUUUGAGAGUUCCAGAAAUUCUUGAUUUUUUUUGUUGUAUUUUUUUUAAAAUUCUAAUCAUAAGUUAGCUGAGAUUAAAUCCAACAUUAGAAGACGCGUUUCUUUAUCAGACGUGACGCGCGAGGUCGGUAUCAGACGCGUUUUUGUGGUAGAUUGUGGAUUCUCAGACCCCACCAGCAGCUGCAGGAUUUCUACACGAUUUCUUUAUUUCUCCUCCUGAACGUUUCGUCACGUUUCUAACCCAGUUAGAGGAACGGAGACCUGAAAUGGUUCACGUCUGAUCUGUACUGGGAGUUUCUUUUCCUUCGUUUGUUAGACAGGGGUGCAGACGGGGGCGCCUCUCGCGUCUCUCGGAUUCUUUUCGUGUGCCUUUUUUGGUGGCGCCGUGGUCACGUUUCUGUGCAUUCCCUAAAGCUGUGAGGUGUACACGCCGGCGUUCAGGUGGGGCGUGGGAGCUUUCGGGGGGGGGUUUUGUUUGGAAAGGGCGGGUGGAUGGUGUGGGGUUGAUGUGUGUCUCUCUAGAAUGUCUAUCGGAGCAGAAUUGGGGCGUCGGAUGAUCUCGUGAUGUCUCGCUGCUUUUUAACUCCUGGUUCUGUUUUUUUUAUCGUUUUAUUUACUAAGUGUCGCCCUUCUGAAUUUUGGCUCCCCGGUGAUGCGGCGCUCGGAGCGGAGGUGUAGGGCCCUCCGGGUGUGUUUGUCCCUUUGUAGUCGGGUGUGUAGGGGGGGUUUGUGUGUAGUUUAGGAGGGGGAUAGUUCUGAGUCUUUCAUUCUGUCGUGUAUAUAGUGUGUAGUUGAUGCCGAGGUACAUUUUUUUCCCCGUGUGUGUGUGAGCGCGAGUGUGUGGUUACCGUGUGAGGAAGGUAGUGUUUAGAGGGACGUCAGGGACUCCGUUCUAGAUCAUUAAAAUGUAUUAUUUUUAUUUCAGGUUUUUUUUCCUCUCUGUUCACUGAACUGUAAAUCUGAAGCGGCUCUCGUAGCUACAGAGUCACUUUACCGUGGUGCCGCUUUUCUCCUGGCCGCUCCGCGAUCGUCCACUCAUCACACUGUGCCGUAUCAGAUGGAAUGAUGAUCCUUCCUGCUCGGGAAGCUUUUAUUAUUAUUUUUCUUCUCCUCAUUUGUAUUGCCACUGUAUUUGUGUAUUUUAAACUGUGUAAAUAAAUUAAUAAGUACUUGUA